GAUCGCGUGUAUAUAGGUAGCCAUGAUAAAGAAGAGAACGUUUGCAGAAAUACCCAUCUCCCAAAACCAGAGAUUUGACGCGAAUUACUACAGUUGACCAGCUGUCCCGCUGUAUUUGAUUCAAAGAAUAUGUUCAAAAUUCUGUUCUGCGUAGCUUUGGUCUGGUUCCAUACAUCGCAGAUUAUAUCAGGAACCGAGUUUCAGAGUGAUUUGUUUGAUGAUCUCGAUGGGCCUAACUUCUUGAGAGAAGACGAGGGACAAAUUUAUAACGACGACGAGCCUGAUUACGACAAGGACUCUGCCAUCACAAAAAGAGUGGCUGCUGAUGAAUAUGUUACCACAAAUCCAUCAAAACGUACGAAAAUGUUUUGCAAGGUGACGGCACACUCACAAGGAAUUAUUACAAAAAAAUGGAAUGCGAACAAGCCACCAAUUAGAAUUCCUAUUCCUCCCAAUAUUUGUCGGCCCUUUCCUACUUUUGUUGAAUUGCAAAAGCCAACACACGAUCAAUACUCUCGGAAUGUGGUCAUACUCCACCGGUGCCUCGGUGGAUGUACAGGGUCGCAACAGCUCUUAAACUGUACAGUUAAACGCCAGGAAGAGGUCGUCAUACAGGUAUUGAAAAUCAACGACCUUAAACUUGUGAAUAUCACUGUCUACAAUCAUACAGCUUGUGGCUGUGACUGUAUCAAGCGUCAGUCGGAGUGUGAUGCUAAAAUUCACGACUUCGAACAAGACCAUUGCAAGUGCAAGUGCAAACAAGACAACAGCAGUUCAUGCGACUCAACCAAAAUGUCCUGGAAAGAGAAAACGUGCAAAUGUGAAUGCAACUCCGCACCCAAAAUUUGCGACAAGUCCCCAAACCAAGAAUGGAAUGCAGCCAUUUGCGAGUGUGACUGCAAGCGGAAGGUCAAAGUUCGAUGUGCCAGAAAAGGAAAAGCUCUGAACAAAAAAACGUGCGAAUGCGAUUGUCCGACACCGCAGCCAAGUUGUCCUCCGGGCGAAUCGUUCCUGAAGUAUAACUGCACCUGCGUACCAAACUCGGUCGUUACCAAAUAAAGAUCUUCAACUGAACUUGGUUUAAACAAAAAAUGGAAUUUUUUAGGUGAAGGGACUCUUGUAAAUCGUAAUAAAUGGAAUACGUCAAA